AUGCGACGCCAGCAUGACGAGCUCACGGAAGAGCUCGAAGCCGCUCAAACCGCAUACGAAGAAGCAGAUGAGCAGCGUGACCAGAACCGCGACCCUUACCUCGAAGACGGCCUCAACCUCCAGUACCUCUACGCGAACAACCGCCUCGCAUGCGCUAGCCGCGAAUACAACGUCUACAUGGACGAAUUCGAUAACAUGGAGCACCAACACCUCAUCGCAGACAUGCCACCAGCCGAGACGGCCCCCGACACCGACCGCACCAGCAUCGCCACCAGUUCUCCCGACGACCGCACCACCCUCCUCAGCUACACGACCAACAUCUCCGCCCUCGAGCGCAAACGCCAGGACCUCGUAACCUCGGAUACCAUCGCGCGCCUCUCCGAACACAUCGCCUACCUCGAGCACCUGCACACGUCACUCCUCGCCCGCGUCUCCCAGCACCAAACCACCAUCGCCACACUAACCUCCGACCUGGACGACGCGCAGACCCUCCUCGACAAUUUCAACGCACAGAUCGAAGACGGCUGCGUCCUCGCGCGGGGGCUCGCGGAUGAGAAUAGCGCGUUGAGGCAGCAUGUGGCGGGGUUGACGGAGGCGGUGCAGACCGCGGAGGGGGAGGUUGGGAGGUUGGAGGGGGUGGUGCGGGAGAUGGGGCUUGUGGAGGGGGUUUUGAGGGUGGAUUGUGAGGUCUUGAGGGGGGAGGUGCGGGUGGCGAGGGGACGGGUGAGGGAGUUGGAGCUGGGAGGGAACUCUGUGAAGGUGGAGGAGAGUAGUGAAGAGGGUGGAGGGGUGAGGCUUGAGGAUUCGACGGAGGCGAUGGAUGAGAGGUUGGUUUUGGGGUUGUGGUCAGGGUGA